AUGCUGACUCCCGGGGGGUCGAGCGGUGGAGAAGGAGCUCUCGUUGCCUUCCAAGGAUCCCCUCUCGGCGUCGGUACUGACCUAGGGGGCUCCGUUCGCAUUCCCUCCCUCUGCUGCGGCGUCUAUGGUUUCAAGCCUACGACGUCACGACUGCCGUACGGUGGUCAGCAAAGCCUUAACGCCCCAGGCACCGACUUUAUGCUUGCCUGUGCCGGCCCGAUGUCUCGAGACCUGAAUGCCCUGGAGGUCCUCGUCAGAGCUGUCAUCCACGCCAGACCAGCUCUGUACGAUUCAACCGCUAUUGACGUACCCUGGCGAGAUGUGUCAAAGUUGGAAAACCGCAAGCUGAGAAUCGGAGUUGUCCAGGAAGAUCCUCUUUUUCCCCUGCACCCGCCGGUCAGAAACACCAUGGAUGAAGCUGUGCGGGUCCUCCGGUCCAAGGGCAACGAGUUGAUCUACCUGGAUCCGGGCGAAUGCCACGUCGCAGACGCGACCGAAGUUGCCUGGAAGUUCUUCGGGCUCGAUGAGACGGUCUUCAGCCAUUUGAAAGCUAGCGGAGAGCCCGUGGUCAGAUCCGUGGCAUUCAUCAACAGCCUGGCGGCCGCGCUGCCGAGGAAAUUCCUUCCCGACACCAGCGGCAUGGACAAAUUCCGUCUACUCGCAACCCUGAGACAUGCACGGGCUGCAAUCAGUGAGGACUGGAGGAAGAUGUGGCAGAGCAACGCACUCGACGUUGUACUUUGUCCGCCGGCGCAAAGCACUGCUGUGGAGCACGACAAGUUUGGCUUGCCGCCGUACACCACGCUGACGAACAUACUGGACUAUCCUUCUUGCAUCGUCCCCUUUAGGAAGGUGACAGGUCAACCAAACCCGACGCCGUUCGUAAAAGCACAGGGUCAGAUUGCGCCAGACUACUAUCCGAAUAUUCUUGAAGGAGCUCCCUGUUCCGUCCAGGUGUUUACCAAAAGCAUGUUUGAUGAGGAAUGUCUUGCGAUUGCUAAAAUCAUCGACGAUUGCCUAAACGGUAUCCGAUGA